AUGGGCGCCUUCGGAAGUAAGAAUUUGGAGUAUUACAAUUAUGCUAGCAUGAAACUGUUGGAAGUCGAAAAUUACGAAAAUGAUGAAGAGCUAUAUUUUAAAGAACAUGAUAUAGAUGAAAUAAUUAAGAAAGCUCGAGACAUUAGAAAUUGUAAUUAUAAAGAAUCAUUAGAUUUAUAUUUUAAAGCAUUGAAAAUUUUGAAAAAGUUAAAAGAUAAUAAUAAUAAAAUAUAUAAAAAUAUCUUAGAAUUUGAAAUAAGACCACAAGAAUUAAAAAAUAAUUCUAUAAAAUUAAAUACACAUUGUAUAAAACAUAAUGAUAAUGAUAAUAAGGAUCAAUUAGGUUCUAAUUCAACUUUAUCUGAUGAAAAUAAUAUUUGUAUUAAUAAACAAAUAGCUUCAUUAUAUAAUGAAAUUGGAGAUCUUUGUUGCAUUCAUGACUUUAUAGAUAAAUCUUUAUAUUAUUAUGAUAAAGCAUGUUCUUAUAACCCUUCAAAAAUUGAAUAUAUAUAUAAAAAAGGAGUAUUAUAUCAACAAAUGAAUAAUACUGAAAAAGCUAUUAAAACAUUUAAGCUUAUCCUUUCAAAUGAUGAAAGUCAUAUACCCACUUUAUUUUCAUUAGGAAAUUUAUAUAGAUAUAUUGAUAAUAAUAUAGCUUUAUCAUAUUUUGAAGCAAUACUUAAAAAAGAACCAGAAAACACAGAAGUAUUAUCAUUGAUUGCAUCAUGUUAUAAUAAUUUAGGGAAAAUAAAUGAAGCUAUUUCUUAUCAAAAUAAAGCGGUUCAAAUAGAUCCUGAUAAUUUUAAUCAUAAAAAGUUUGCUCAAAGACUUAUCGAAAUGAAAUCCCAGAAUUGA